ACUUUCUUGUCUUGUUCACAAAAGCACAACCUCCACUCCGCACAGCUCUCAUUCCCUCUCAACUCAACCUUCUCAUCAAUCCUCCGGCGAAGUUCUCUCUUUCUCACAUCCUCUCUCAAUCUCACUCACUCAAUCAUCGCCGUAACCACCAUUCUCUUCUCUCCAUCAUUAUCCAUUUUUCACCACCAUCAGCCACCACCAUUGCCGGCUCUACCAUCAACCUUCUCUCUCACUCACUCUGAAACUCACACCCGCACAUUCUCUUCUCUCUCAACCUUCUCCUUUUCUCUCUCCAACCACCCAGCCUUCACCGUCACUACCAUCCUCUGAGCCCCUAUCUUCAUCGCCGCCGCAGCUCACUCCAAAAAUUUCCCUCCAAAAGUUUCCUUCCUUUCUUUCACAAUUCACACACUCGAAAGAGGGUUCCCACUUCUGAAGAAGCUUCUAGAAUCUUCUGAUGGCUUCAUCCUCGCACGGCGAGCAAAUGAAGAUCGUGGCGACCCAGUUCUGUUCUGAUGAUCAGACUCUCAUUGCUCAUAUACGAAAGACUAUGACUAUAAUGAAGGAGAUUGCAGUUGAAUUCGAGAAACACAACGAAUCUGAUAAGGUGAAGGAGUUGGAAGAUGCUGUUUUGGAGUUAGCUGAUCUCUCUGAGGAUAGUGUGCAUCUUUCAUCAGCAGUUCAAGCUAUUGCAAACAGAUACCAGCCAAAAGAAGAGGUGAAUAAUUUUCGUAAGUUACUUGAGGAUGAAGUGUCAAAAUUGAAGAGCAAGUCUACUAGUUCAGAUCCUAAUAGUAAUCCUUUGGUUCGCCAAUUUAAGGAAGCUGUAUGGAAAGUUCAUCAUGAAGGGCAGCCAAUGCCAGGAGAAGAGCAGGAGGACAUUGUAAUGACAAGUACCCAAUCCAGUAUUUUGAAUAUGACUUGCCCAUUGACUGGAAAACCUGUUACUGAGCUUGAAGAACCAGUUCGCAGUGUGGAAUGCAAGCAUAUUUAUGAAAAGAGAAUAAUAAUGCAAUAUAUAAAGUUAUCCAAUCGAUGUCCAAUAUCAGGUUGCCCGAAGAAAUUGCAUGCAGAUAGCGUGGUGCAGGAUGCCUUGUUACUGAUUGAGAUUGAGGAAUUGCGCAAAGUGAACAAAGAAACUGAAGUGGAAGACUUUACUCUCCUUAAUGAAGACGAUUGAUGAUUGAUUGAGUAAAUCAAGAGUAGGAUUUUGUGUAUAAACUUUCAGUCUUGAAAAACUGCAUGAUGUACUGAUUAUAUCCCAUGCACACACUUGGAACACUUAACAGUUAACAUCAGCGAAGUUUAUAUGAUGGUUUUGUAUUACAUAAUUUAUCUCAUGCUCAAUGGUUCAGC